AUGUUUUAUGUAGAGAUUUUGUCGAUAUUACUUUUAGUUUUAGGGUUGGUUGCGGUAGCUUCUAACCCCGCUCCUUAUUAUGCUGCUUUGGGGCUGGUUCUAGCUGCGGCAGCUGGUUGUUGCGUUUUGGUGGGGCAUGGUGGUUCGUUUUUGUCUCUGGUUCUCUUUAUAAUUUAUCUUGGGGGAAUGUUGGUAGUGUUUGCUUAUUCUGCCGCACUUGCAGCGGAGCCUUAUCCAGAAUCUUGGUUUGAUUUGUCUGUAUUUAGUUAUGUGGUUGUUUACAUUUUAGGUUUGAUGGUUGUUGGGUUGUGUUUUUUUGAGGGGUGGUAUGAUGGAUUUUGGGUUGUUGAUGAGUUAAAGGAGUUUUCUUUACUGCGUGGGGAUUUUGGGGGAGUUGCUUUGAUGUAUUCUUUGGGGGGCUGAGUGCUAGUGGUUUGUGGUUGGGUGUUGUUAUUAACGUUGUUUGUAGUGUUAGAGUUAACUCGGGGGCUGGCUCGGGGGGCGUUGCGGGCUGUUUAG